ACUACAAACUAUUGCGUUCAUACAGCGACCGCAGUUCGGAUUGUCUUCGGGACCCUCUCGUGUCAAUAAGUUGCAUAUCAGAUCAGUAGCCUUCGUCCUGCCUACUCACGCCGCUCGUCUAUUCCCCACAAUACUUGGCCUUUCGGACUUGUGCAGAUGGCGUUUCAGACUGACGCCAGACAUAAUGCUCCGGGUCUUUUCGGUGCCCGUCGCAUUAUAACCUUGCUGGGAUCUAUCCUUGUUGCACUCGGUUCUGGAACAAACUAUAUCUUCUCGGCCUAUGCACCGCAGCUAGGUGCUCGCCUCCACAUUACGCACACUCAAUUGAAUGUUGUCGGGCUCGCGGGCAACGCCGGCGUUUAUGCAUCCGGACCCAUCUGGGGACGCAUCGUGGAUUCCAAGGGCCCCCGCAUUCCACUCAUCGGAGCUUUCAUGUGUUUCCUCGUCGGAUACACAGGGAUGAAGAGUAUGUACGACGCCGGUACAGGUUCCGGGGCAUCCAUAUCUGCCGCACACUUUGCCUUGCUCGUUGCGUGUGGGCUCCUCACUGGGUUUGGCGCAAACGCUGGCCUUGCAGCAGCCGUUAAUACUACCGCCAAGAGUUUUCCUGAAUCAGCGCGUGCUACAACGACUGCCCUAGUCGUCUCUGGUUUUGGGCUCUCAGCGUUCUUUUUUUCGACUAUGGCUCAUGUUUUCUUCCCUGGAGACACGUCGGCUUUCUUGCUUCUUCUCGCCCUCGCUACCUCCAUGUCCGCAGUAGUUGGAUUGUUUAUUGUGCGCCCUGUACCUCCUCCGAUUCACCCGGGGCCGAGGGAUGGCGAAAAUGGAGAUUAUGAGCAAAUCCCAAGCGGGGAGGUAGUUCCAUUCAUCGCUGAUCCAAAUAUCGAUGCUGUGGGUGUAGCGGAAGAAGGCAGUCGCGCGCCUCUUUUGGGUGCUCGGCCUGAGGGCGGGUCAUCCUCCACCCCGGGGUUGGGCCGUAGCCUAAGUUGUUCGAGGUCAGAUACUUUGCCAGACAUACACGGGAAGAUGCUUUGGAGGACCCUAGACUUUUACCUCGUCUCUUUUAUCAUGGCUCUUUUGAGCGGGACGGGCAUUAUGUACAUUAACAACGUGGGCUCAAUCUCCCUGGCCCUCUUCGCCAAGUCAACCUUGAACUAUGACGAAGUGGAAGCUUCCAAAUGGCAAGCGGCACAGGUAUCGACGUUGAGCAUAGGUAACUUCAUUGGUCGAAUACUGAGUGGCCUCAUCACAGAUUUCAUACGCAAUCACCUUCACCUCCCACGUGCAUACAGCUUGUGUAUUGUAUCUUCGCUUUUCAUCAUGUCUCAGGCACUCGCAAUUGGAAUUUCGAGCGUUAGCACGCUGUGGAUUGCAACUGCCACGCUAGGUAUUGCGUAUGGAGGCCUCUUCGGAGCCCUUCCAGCAAUCAUUAUCGAUUGGUUUGGUCUGGCUCAUCUAUCUGAAAACUGGGGGUAUGUCACGCUUGCACCUCUCGUUGGUGGCAACAUCUUCUCGAUCAUGUUUGGUCGGAACCUCGACGCGCAUACGCCUCGUGAGGGGAAUACGACCCACAAUGUAACGCGUGUCAUCGGCGAGGCGAUCUCAUCGGAGCGACAGUGCCUGGCUGGUCGGGAGUGCUAUGUCUCAAGUCUAAGGGUCACACUGGUGGCGUGUAUGGUUGCACUGGGGCUGAGUACGUGGGCUGCUGUCCGGGACGAGCGCCGGCAGAGGGCGGCAAAGAAAGGGAGGGCAAACGAGCGUGACAGGUACAUUUGAUGAUGGAUAGUAGAUGCCCGGCUUGAAUUUUCCGCGAUUUAUUCUUCCCCCCCUCCCCCCCCGUAGUCUGAUAACUUAAGUAUUCACGCGAUAGAGCACUUUCCUUAUCAACUGAUCUAUGCAGGUUUUUGGGGAGGGCCAAAGGUACUGUCCUGUACACAAAUUGGUACAUUAUCGAAGUGUGUAUUUUCCAUACAUAGUCUGAUUUUGUCAGAUAGCUAGUGGCUGAUUG